AAUAAUAAAUUAAAUUAUAAAAAACUUAAACCUUUCGAAAUUAUUAAGAAAGUUUUAUUAAUUAAUUUUAAAUUAAAACUCUUAAAUACGAUACGAUACUACCUAAUCUUUUAUAUCUUACUCUUAAAACCGAUAUUUAAAAACUUAUAUAUAAAAAACCGCAUUAUUAUCGAACUUAAUAAACUAAAAUAUAAAUUCGAAUAA